UGCCAAGUGGUUGAAGAAAGGGGUCUAGAUUUAGAAUUUAACAUCAAUACAAAUGUUUUAACUCGGUGGUCCAUUUUUCAUAAGCGCCAUAUCGAUGGUGAAUUCAGUGGUAAAUUCCAAGUUUCUAUUUAUUGAAACCAACUUAAAAAUAUUGAAAAAUUGUGGGUAUAGAGGAAGCAGCACCAAAUAUUUUUUUAACUACUAAACAUUCAUUCGGCACUGCUAGUUUUGAUUCGACGCGAAGUUUCUCAUGUCCUCUGCUAGAUCCAAGCCAGUGAUGUUUGAGAAACCACUAGUCCGGGAGUCGUAUUUUAUUAUAAAAAAGAAUACAACAAAAAUCAUGCUUAAUAAAAUAGUUAUAAAUAUACGUAAAAACUUAACUACUCAGUUCAAAUUAGUUUUUUUGGUAGUAAUUCUAUGGCACAAGUCUAAAGUAUAAUUAAGCUGUGGUUUAUCACUGUUAUGUCAGUGUCACUCUAGUGUCAAUUCGUUACCGCAUAGCGCUGAUAAUAGCGCGUCAAUAAAAAUUAUUUCUCGCGCAUUUACCAUAAAUGAAAAUGAAAAUAUUAUUGAUAAAAUAAUGAAUAAACAGAAAGCUUAAGAAGAUGUAUUCCCCUCGGCAAAAGAUUUUGUGGUUUGCUUUUACUACCAGAGUUACCGUUAUUGUCUUACAAGCUAUAUUCAAUCUUAUCAUUCCGGAUCAUGAAGCGAACGUUUUUAUCAGUCCAGAAGAUCCGAACUUGCGCAAAACGCACGCCGACUUUGUAGUGGAUAAAUUAUUAGGUGGCUUCAAGAGAUGGGACGCUCAAUACUUUAUACACAUAGCGCAGUAUGGUUAUACAUACGAAAAUUGUUUAGCAUUCUUCCCUCUAUUUCCAUUACUUGUUAGAUAUGUUGCAUAUGGUUUGAAUAGUCUAUUUGGAACUCUGUUAAACUUUCACAGUACUUUGUUGAUAUCAGCAACAAUUUUAAAUAUAGGUAUGUUUAUUAAAUCGGCUGACGUACUGCACAGGCUGAGCUUGAGAGUGUUACGAAGUGAGUGUAGAGCAUAUAAAUCAGUAAUAUUGUACUGCAUCAACCCAGCUAGCAUAUUUUUCUCAGCACCAUACUCGGAAACAUUGUUUGCAUGGAUGUCAUUUUAUACAAUGUUUAAAUGUACAGAAAAUGAAAGUCUAAGGUUUGCAAACAUUGACAUAUUAAGUGGACUGCCAGCAGGAUUUUCAAUGAUGACUCGGUCCAAUGGCUCUGUUAACUUAGGUUUCAUAUUAUAUACAAGUUUCAAAAAUGUUAUAGAGCGAACUUUACCUGAGAUUGUGUACAAAUAUAGGACAUUAAAGCAUAAGAUAAUAUUACCUUUAUUGUUGUUGCCACUGUUCACAUCAUUUAUAUCACUCUUUUUGACUGUGAUAAUAGCACUGUUACCAUUUCUUCUGGUUCAGACAUAUAAUUACUUUAAGUAUUGUGUUCAUAGUGAUCACAACUUGCCUGACUUUUUAUCUAAUACAGAGUAUGUUUUACCUGGCAGUGCUGAGAGUCCAUGGUGUAAUAGCACCUUGCCAUUAUCAUAUUCCUACAUUCAAACUCACUACUGGGAUGUUGGAUUCUUUAAGUAUUAUAAGCUAAAACAAAUCCCUAACUUUCUUCUAGCUGCACCAAUAAUAUUAUUAGUGUUGUAUCACUGCUUAUCAUAUAUUUUUUGUAAUAUUAGACUGUGUUUGAGACUUGGUUUGAAGACUAGUGUAAUUGGAUAUACAAAUAAGAUGCCUUAUAGGCCAAAGCAAUAUUCUAAAUGUUUUGGGACCAAUGAUCCUGCAAUGUUUGUGUAUGUAGUGCAUAUGCUGUUUUUAUGUAUAUUCUGCAUAGUAUUUGUUCAUAUUCAAGUGUCCACUAGGCUGCUGGCUUCGGCUAGUCCAAUUUUGUAUUGGAUAUGUUCAAGUAAGAUGAAUGUUGGCCCUACACCAACAUCAGAUCAGAAUACAAUAAAUGAACAUUUCCGGCGAAUUGGUAUUGGGAAGCGAAUACCACCCCACCAUUUGUCAAUAGCAAAUUUGGAGGGAGUUGACAAUAUGUAUAGCAAAUGGAAAACAUUUAUCAUAUCGAGAAAGAUGCCAGACUUCCACUCGCGAAUGAUACAGUAUUACUUUAUUGGGUACUAUUUGAUAGGCACAGUACUCUUUUCAAAUUUCUAUCCUUGGACUUAAUUGUUUUUCAAUGAUUCCAUUUGACUAAACAUAUCAUUUACGUAUCAGCUACAGACUGACAGUUAUAAAGAGAUUCAAUUUAUUUAGCAACAUAUCAUUUGUUAUUUAGAUGUUAUGCAUUCCAUAAUGAAUUGUUUCAGAUAUUUAAAGAUAUAUAUUUACUAUUGCCUUAACAUUAGAAAGUCAAUGCCAUGUGCUAGAUUACUUUAGUGCAUGGACUUAAAAGUAAGUUAUAUUUAGUCACUUAAAGUUACGGACUUGUUACUUUGUCACUUCAUGCUCAAUUAUAUUCUUAUUUAGAGACAAAGAGGAAAAGAAGUGGGGAUAUGAAAAAUACAAGUUUUUUGUGUGAAAGCUGAAAAUAAGUGUUUGUUGUAAUCCCUUUUAUUUGGUAUAUCUAUUAGAAAAAUAAUAAUUUACCCCUUUAAAUAAUUCGAAUGUGAGACAUUUUUAAUGUUUCAAAUAAUUUUCUUUUGAUAAAAACUUAACUUGGGUUAAGAAAAAAAAAUAAGAGGGAUUCGCGAUAUUGUGCCAAUGUAAGGUCAUGUUUGCUGAAAAGUAGAUAUUUUUUGUACUUUUAUUUCACCAUAAUAUUUUGAUAAUUCUAAUUCAAGUAAAUUGUAUGAAUCUAAACAAUAAAUCAUGUGCAAAUUGUUGAACUAAGCUUUAUCACAAAUUAAUAGUUAAAUCUGAAGCUAUUUUAUAUCUGCCUGUUAACUAGAAUUAACUACUGUACCUUAUAUUUCUCAUAAAUUCAUUGAUAUGCCAUAAUACCUACAAACUAAAUGAAAAUAAUAUUUAUAGGGUAGUUUAAAUUAUAAUAGUUAUAGAGCCCUUAGUCAAUAGUUAAGAUGGUUUUAAGGUUUUUCUGCUUGAAAAUGGGGCCUUUCAGAGUUAAAAAUAUUCAAAUAUGCUAAAUGGUCAUUUAAUAUCGCUUUUAUGGAGUAGUUUUUAAGAAUUAAGGUUUUCUUGCAAAUUGACUGUUAUUAAUUCUAGUCAUUUAUUUGAUUGUAGUGUAGUUAGGAAAAGUGUGCACAGUCAGUUAAUAUUGAGACAAUACAUAAUUUUUACUAGAACACUUGUGUGAGUGAUUUGCGACUGUGUGUGCGUUGUUAUUGGAUAGUUUAAUUAGAACUUAUAUUUGCUAUUUCAAGAACACUUCUAUAUAAAAAUAAUGCAUGACUAAUGAAGGUUUAAUGUAUGAUUAUAUUAUAGCGGGGUCCUGUAAUAAGCAAUUCGUGAUACUCCGAUGCGAUACAGGAAUAAUUAUCCGGAUUUUCCAAUUUCUUGUCCCAAUUUAGCACAAGCUCUCGAAAUAGCAAAUAUGCCUUAGAUUCAGUUAUUUCCAUUAUUUUGUAAGAAUUUCUUGUAUUUCUUAAUUUAUAAGUAGUAUAUUAUUAAGAUCAAACUAGAUCUUAAAAUGGAAUUGACUUUAAAUAGAUAUUUGAGAAUUUAUAUUAGCUUCUAACUUUUAGCAUGGGACCACCGAUUAAAAACAAGAUCAUAUAAUGAACCGGUACCCAGAGAAAGCACAAGUUUUUUAUACAUGCCUUAGAAUAGAAUCCUAUUAGACGUUUAUUCUAAUAAAAUAGAUUUUUCUUAGAGUCUUAAUCACAUCUGCUUUUCCGAUACACUAGCCGUCCAUUUUGAAAUAGCCGCCAUGAGGGUAUACCACGAAAAUUUAUUAGCCCUACUAUGAAAUGCCAAAAUAUGAAGUUUCUUCGAAACUUACAACAAAUUACACAUUUUUCUAAUAAAGCUUUUGCAAAACUUUUACUUAAUAAUUCUCUUUAAUUAAUGUACUAAAUGAAUGUAUACGUUUUAUAAUUAUAAUGUUAAUUUUAAUGGUUCUUUAGUUACGAUUAAGUACAUAUCAACAAAAUUUGAGCAGCAUUUUCGUUUCUAAUUAUGAACUAUGGAUACCAAAUUUUUGUUAUGGUUGUGAGUAUAUUUUAAUCAAUUUAUUAGUGUUAGAUCGCACGUCUUUCACAUUCUGUUAUAUUUUAUAAUAUCAAAAUAAACACAGUAUCACAAGUUA